UGCACAUGCGAAGUUCUACGAUUUUAGUGAAAUAAAUUCAAUUUUAAUGAAAUACUCAAGAAUUUGGCGACAAUAUUUACUCUGAGAGUACCUAAUAUUUUGACAUUGUCAUACUAAAUCAUCGAAACGAUAUAAUUACCUAUUGAUUAAUAGUUUUCAAUUGUUUUGGAUAGUAUUUGAUUUCGGAUAAGGAUUCUUUCGGACAUCAUUGAAUCAAUAGAUAACGAUGUCAGUCAUCAGCCCUGAUGAUGAUCCAGCGCUACAUCGCCUUGAAGGCUUGACAGGAAACCAGUCAGGUGGGCUUAUUAUAAUGAAGAAAGGUCCGGCGACAGAUGUGGACAAGUUUUCCUUCAAGAAGCCCUCUCUACUUGGCCUCGACAAACUUGCAGCGGCCAAGAGACCUGCCGAGAAUGACAGCAUAAAUUCAAAAAAGAAAUCAAAAGUGUCUUCAUAUAAAGACGAAGAUGAUUUCAGCAGUAGUAGCAGCGAGUCCAGUGAUUCAGAUGAAGAUGAAAGGAAAAGAGAUCGGUCAAACAAGAAAACAAGGAAAUAUCGGGGGAGCAGAGUAGACACGCCAUCCCACCCUGGUGGCGUAAGCUCAGAGGCACGUGACCGACAGCAUCGUCGACAGGAAAGGGGACGGGAGAAGGGUGUGUAUGCCGCAACUAAACAUCAAGAGGGCAAACGGGACAGACGAGAUAGGGACAGAGAAAGAGACAGACAUCGCGACAGUAGAAGCAGAAAUGGAGAUCGGGGUCGGGACCGAGGGUCAGAGAGAAGAUCAGAACAGAGAGAUCGGCACUCAGAGCGAAGCAGUCGAAGCUCACGUGACUGGAGUGAAACACCGGGAAGGAGGAGCUCACGUGACUGGAGUGAAACACCAGGAAGGAGAGAUGAGCCUGGCACACCACAUUACAAAGUGAAAGACACACCAUCACGGUCAGCUUGGGAUGAUGACGAUGAUGGUACUCCAGCGAAACAUACAAGCUGGGACCUGCUGACUCCAAGUGACCGAGCUGACAGGGGAGGUGACUCUGUGUUCCGAUCAGAAUCCGGAAGGUCCAGUAAAAGGUCAAAGAGGUCAGACGAGACACCACUGCCAACCCCUACCCACAAGUAUAACGAGUGGGCAGAUGAUAGACGGAGAAUGAGGAACACACCACGGGUGGCCGGUACAGAUGACGGUGAUGAUGAGGAGGUCAGAGAUGAGGAGCAGCAGGCUAUCUGGGAGGCUGAGCAGAAGAGACUGGAUCGUGAGUGGUACGGGCUAGAUGAGGGCUACGACGACCAAAACAACCCCUUUGCUGGCAUGUCCACUGCCUACACGAAACGUAAGGAGGAAGAGGUUGAGAAGAAGAAAAAGAAUCGCAUGUCGGCGCGGCAACGCCAGAUAAAUAAGGACAUAGAACUCUGGGAGACCAACAGGAUGUUGCGUAGUGGUGUUGUCGAGAAGCUCAAUUAUGACGAAGAUUUUGAGGAUGAAAGUGAGGCUCGCGUUCACUUGCUCGUACACAACAUUGUUCCUCCGUUCCUCGAUGGCAGGAUCGUUUUCACCAAGCAGCCAGAACCAGUUGUUCCUGUCAAGGACCCAACAUCUGACAUGGCUGUGGUAUCACGGAAGGGAUGUGCAGUGGUGCGCACACAUCGGGAACAGAAGGAGCGUCGUAAGGCUCAGAAGAAGGAAUGGGAGCUUGCGGGGACGAGGAUUGGGGAUGUCAUGGGUGUUAAGAAGAAGGAAGAGGAGGAUGAGAGGGAGGAGCGAGAUUACAAGGCAGACCACAAGUUCGCCGACCUGCUCAACGAUAAGACCGAAGCUGUCAGUGAGUUCGCAAAGAAACGCACCCUUCAGUCACAACGACAGUACCUCCCAAUAUUUGCUGUCAGAAAUGAGCUGCUGAACAUUAUCAGGGAUAACAGCGUGAUUAUUAUUGUGGGAGAGACAGGCUCAGGCAAGACCACACAGCUAACACAGUACCUGCAUGAGGACGGGUACACAAAGUAUGGCAUGGUUGGUUGCACACAGCCGCGUCGUGUGGCAGCCAUGUCUGUUGCCAAGCGUGUCUCUGAGGAGAUGGGUGUGAAACUCGGGGACGAGGUCGGAUAUGCCAUCAGAUUUGAGGACUGUACUAACGAGAAAACGAUCAUCAAGUACAUGACAGACGGUAUAUUGUUGCGUGAAUCACUGCGGGAGUCCGACCUGGACCACUACAGCGCCAUUGUGAUGGACGAGGCUCACGAGCGCUCUCUCAGUACAGACGUACUCUUCGGCCUACUCAGAGAUGUUGUAGCCCGUAGACAAGAUCUGAAGCUGAUUGUAACGUCUGCCACCAUGAAUGCCGACAAGUUUGCUGAAUUUUUUGGCAACGUGCCAACGUACACAAUUCCAGGUCGAACAUUUCCUGUUGAUGUACUGUACGCCAAAAACUCAGUGGAAGAUUAUGUAGAUGCAGCUGUUAAACAGUCGUUACAAAUACAUCUAAUGGGCAAUGAAGGAGACAUACUUGUGUUUAUGCCAGGUCAGGAAGAUAUCGAGGUCACCUGCAAUCUACUCCAAGAGCGUCUUGAUGAGUUAGACGAAGCCCCGCCUAUUGCCAUUCUCCCGAUCUACUCCCAGUUGCCUAGUGACCUGCAGGCCAAAAUCUUCCAGAAGGCUCAAGACGGCAUCAGGAAAUGUAUCGUCGCUACAAACAUUGCCGAGACAUCACUUACAGUGGAUGGUAUCAUGUUCGUGGUCGACUCAGGUUACUGUAAACUGAAGGUCUUCAACCCGAAGGUCGGAAUGGACUCUCUCCAGAUAUUCCCCAUCAGUCAGGCUAAUGCGAACCAGCGUUCAGGUCGUGCAGGGAGAACAGGGCCAGGGCAGGCAUACAGACUAUACACCGCCCGACAGUACAAGGAUGAACUGUUGACUACCUCCGUCCCAGAGAUACAGCGUACCAAUCUAGCCAAUGUCGUUCUGCUCCUGAAGUCCCUUGGUGUUCAAGACCUGCUACAGUUCCACUUCAUGGAUCCACCACCGCAGGACAACAUCCUGAACUCUAUGUACCAGUUAUGGAUACUGGGUGCUUUGGACAAUACAGGCUCCCUGACGCCACUUGGGCGUGCCAUGGUGGAGUUUCCAUUAGACCCCGCCCUCUCCAAGAUGCUCAUCAAGUCCCUGGAGAUGGAGUGCAGUGCAGAAAUACUUAUCAUAGUGUCAAUGUUGUCAGUGCCAGCAAUAUUCUACCGGCCGAAGGGUCGAGAAGACGAGUCAGAUGGUGCACGGGAAAAGUUUGCCGUUCCAGAGAGCGAUCAUCUAACAUACCUAAAUGUGUACCUUCAGUGGAAACGCAAUGGGUAUUCCAGUUCCUGGGCAAAUAACCACUUUAUACAUAUCAAGGCCAUGAGAAAGGUGCGGGAGGUAAGACAGCAGCUGAAGGAGAUAAUGGAUCAACAGAAGAUGGAGCUGAUCUCUUGCGGGAACGAGUGGGACAUUGUACGCAAGUGUAUCUGCUCUGCAUACUUCCAACAGGCCGCGAGAAUCAAGGGUCUGGGCGAGUAUGUAAACACACGUACAGGAAUGCCGUGUCAUCUUCACCCCACAAGUGCGCUGUUUGGCAUGGGCUACACGCCAGACUACAUUGUAUAUCACGAGUUGGUCAUGACAUCGAAGGAGUACAUGCAGUGUGUAACAUCAGUCGAUGGCCACUGGCUGGCAGACCUUGGCCCCAUGUUCUACAGUGUGAAGGAUGCAUCAAAGACAAGACAGGAGCGUCGACAGCAGACAGAGGAGGAGAUGGGAGUCAUGGAGGACGAGAUGAGGAAGGCUCAGGAUCUGAUAAAGCUACGUAAGGAGCAGGCAGACAGUCAAGUCACUGCCUCCAAGAGGUCACAUAUCAUCACUCCUGGACGAAGGGAGCCUGGCACCCCAGCGAUGACCCCCCGACGGACACCGAAAUUUGGAAUCUGAAUGGCAAUAGCUGUCAUUUGUUGGGCAUGGUUAUAAGAAAAUGGAGGGCAGUUGUAUAUCCCUACAGGAGAUGAAUUAAUCACCAAGGCAGGUCCUCGAUCUGAGGCUCGUCCAUUCUGGCCUUGGUCAUUACUGAAAGGGACAACUACCUUUAUAUACAGGGUUGAUUACUUCUCCAAUGUGCAGAUUUUAUUUUUGGACUCUGAAAUUGGAAUCUUCGGGACCAUGCUCGUUAUUGGUUGAAAUUGUGGACAGAACUGCCAUUCACCGAUGUGCCCUCAAUGUACGAAGGAAAUGACUGGUCAUGUAGCCAAAAGUGGACCGUCGUUAUGGACAAUCAGCAGAACAGUUCAACACAAAUGACAUAACAACCUGCCACCCUGAUUUUAAUGUUCCAAACUGUGUAAGCAAUAAAACUCUUGGUCAAACUAUAUGUAUGUUGAAUAGCAAGAAUGAAGGUAUCUGAUUAAGCAUCAUGUCCAUCAAGUCAUUAACAAGAUUAGUUUAUGUCAGCUUAACAUGGUACAUAAUCUCUCAACUUCAAGAUUCCAUUAGAAUGUUGAUUUGUCUGAGACAGAUGCUAAUAAUGCCUUUGUUAUGUCGCUGUUAGAGACAUUAUGGGAUGUCGCAACUAAUCACCGCUUAUUUCUAUAAAAUUAUGUUUUCCGUUUAAAAUUGAUGGCUCCAACUUAAUAUAUUAAAAGCUGUUAAAUGACUAAAUUUGUAGCAAACCGUUAGAUAUUCACAGCGGUGAUAAUGAGGUUUCUUCAUUGAACUUCAAUAUAUACAAUGUAUAUUCUGGCUUUCUGGAAAUGAUUCAGAAGUCUAUAGAUCAUUAAUUGUAUACAUGAUUGAAUGAGUUAUCAAAAUUACUUUGAGUGUUUGUAAAAUUAAUACAAGGACACACUAUGUUUAUGUCUCAUGGAUUCUAUCUGUGAUCAAUAAAAAGAUCACAAUUUUA